GUCGACAAGCCGUGUCUCCUGAAAACAUACGAACAUGAUAGGACGUAGCAAGAGAGUUGUUUUGUUAUCUUUGUUAUGUCUUCAUGCUUUCGUAGUGAGUGUUGUAAUUGCAAGAGAUGAUGUGAGUGGGGACAAAAAUGACGACAAGUUCCUUAGUAGCGAGAAGGGAGGAGGAUUUGGUGCUGGUGGAGGCGCUGGGUUUGGUGGUGGAGUUGGUGGGGGGGCUGGUGGAGGUGGCGGGUUUGGAGGUGGUGGUGGUGGAGGUUUAGGCGGUGGCCAUGGCAUUGGUGGUGGUGUUGGUGGUGGGUUUGGUAAAGGUGGUGGAAUUGGCGGAGGAGCUGGUGGUGGUGGUGGGUUUGGAGGGGGUGGUGGUGCUGGUGGUGGUGGUGGGAUUGGCAAGGGUGGUGGAUUUGGUGGUGGCAUUGGAAAGGGAGGAGGAUUUGGUGGUGGCAUUGGAAAGGGAGGUGGACUCGGUGGUGGAAUUGGCAAGGGCGGAGGACUUGGUGGUGGCAUUGGCAAGGGUGGAGGACUUGGUGGUGGCAUUGGAAAGGGAGGUGGAUUCGGUGGUGGAAUUGGCAAGGGAGGUGGACUCGGUGGUGGAAUUGGCAAGGGUGGAGGCCUUGGUGGUGGAAUUGGUAAGGGUGGAGGCCUUGGUGGUGGAAUUGGUAAGGGUGGAGGCCUUGGUGGUGGAAUUGGGAAAGGUGGUGAACUUGGGGGUGGGAUUGGGAAAGGUGGUGAACUUGGGGGUGGGAUUGGGAAAGGUGGUGAACUUGGGGGUGGGAUUGGCAAGGGUGGAGGCCUUGGUGGUGGAAUUGGGAAUGGUGGAGGCCUUGGUGGUGGAAUUGGGAAUGGUGGAGGCCUUGGUGGUGGAAUUGGGAAUGGUGGAGGCCUUGGUGGUGGAAUUGGGAAGGGUGGUGAACUUGGGGGUGGAAUCGGAAAGGGUGGUGGACUUGGAGGUGGGAUAGGUGGUGGUCCUGGAGAAGGAAUUGGAAAAGGUGGUGGAAUUGGCGGUGGUGCUGGAGGAGGAUUUGGCAAGGGUGGCGGUAUUGGUGGAGGCAGUGGUUUUGGAGGUGGAGCUGGUGGUGGUGCUGGAGGUGGAGUUGGUGGUGGAGGUGGGGGUGGAGCGGGAGGUGGCGGUGGAGCGGGUGGUGGGGGUGGAUUUGGUGGUGGUUCUGGAGGAGGCUUUGGCAGUGGAUUUGGAGGAGGAGCAGGAGGAGGCGGUGGCUUUGGAGGUGGUGGCGGAUUUGGUGGUGGAGGCGGUGGUGGAAUUGGACACCACUAAACAAUGUCUUGCUUCAUAAUGCAUGCAUGCAUGAAGUAACACACUAAUAAGAAAUCGAAACCAAAUGUCCAUUUAGCACAUUAUUAUGUAUCUUAAAUUAAUAAAUUAUAUUUACAUUACCAUUACCAUUGUAUGGGAGAUUUAGUUUGCUCCAGCAAAAUUGUUGUUCCAAUGUACCAUUUGUAUCAUUCUGUUGACAUUAAUGCAAUGAAUCAUCAUUCGAUAU